UCACCUAUGUUCCGAAUUGGACCAUUAGGUAUCAGGUUUUGACAAUAUAUGUUCCUAAUCUAUAUAAAUGACUGCUAGCUACUUCUCCGUCAGUUCUCCCGCACACACAACCCCCUCCAAAUUUACGUUUCUGCAGCAGCCAAACAACGAAAUGGGAAAAGGAACUGGUAGCUUUGGCAAGCACCGCAAAAGACACAGAUGAAGGGCCUUUCUUUCAUCGUCUUUACCUCUCUACUCCAAUUUUUAGUAUUGAAUUUGUGCAGUGCAGCUGAUACAAUAUCUCCAUCACAAUCCAUAACCGGCUCUGAUACCUUGGUUUCUUCCGGUGCAAGCUUUGAAUUGGGACUCUUCUCCCCCGGCAACUCUGGAGCCUGGUACUUGGGAAUUUGGUACAAGAAAUUUCCAAAUAUUGUUGUAUGGGUUGCCAAUAGAGAAAAUCCAAUUCCUGGUCCACAUGGAGCCUUGAAAUUGUCCAAAAAUGGCAGUCUAGUCAUUUCAAAUCAGAUGAACAACACCAUUUGGUCUUCCAAUUCUUCCAGAGUCCCAGAAAAUCCUGUUGCACAGCUUUUGGAGACUGGAAAUCUUGUUGUUAGAGACAGUGCUAUGACAGGUUCUGAAAGCUAUGUGUGGCAAAGUUUUGAUUUCUCAUCAGACACAUUGUUAGCGGGGAUGAAGCUGGGAUGGAACUUCAAAAGGGGCCUCAACCAAUAUUUGACUUCAUGGAAAAAUGCCACCGAUCCAUCUCUUGGGGCAUAUACCUAUGGGAUGGAUAAUGAUGUGUUGCCUCAGUUUGUUUUUGCCGAAGGGUCUAGCAAAAGGUUCCGUACCGGACCUUGGAAUGGUCUUCGAUUCCCUGGCUCUUACGUUUCGAACAAUACUAACACAGUUAUAAAGGCAACUUUUGUGUACAAUACCAAUGAGAUAUAUUACACGUUUGAGGCUGCUGAAAGCUCUAUUACUACAAGACUACAGCUGUCUGUAUCAGGUGUGAUGCAGCGGCUAGUGCUGAAUAAGGGAAGCACAGAAUGGGCCCUUAUGUAUACUUUGCAGAAUGAUCAGUGUAAUAAUUACGGGGAGUGUGGAGCAAAUGGCAUUUGCAGAAUUAAUAAGGUACCAAUUUGCGAUUGCUUGCAGGGGUUUGUUCCUAAAUCUCCGCAAGAGUGGGUGGUGCUUAAUGGGACAAGUGGUUGCAAAAGGGAGAUGGCACUGGAUUGCCAGAAGGGAGAAGGAUUCCUGAAACUGAAAAAUGUGAAACUGCCAGACCUGCUGGAUAUUUGGGUGAACAAGAGCAUGAGUACAGAGGAAUGUGAGGCAAAUUGCUUGAAGAAUUGUUCCUGCAUAGCUUUUGCUAAUUCAGAUAUUCGGAGUGGAGGCAGUGGCUGUGUUAUGUGGUUUGGAAAUCUGAUUGACAUGCGGGAGUUUGUUGAGGAUCUUGGUGAGCAAGAUAUCUUUAUUCGGAUGCCAGCUUCUGAACUAGGUGCUACCAGACUUGCCAGCAAGAAGCAUAACAGAGUAGUACUCAUCUCUGUCCUAUCAGCAGCUUCUGUGCUUCUUUUUCUGGGUUUGUUAUGUUGGUGUGUAAUUCUGAAGCAGAGACGAAACAAACGGGGUUCAAGAGCUAGUAAGGAGGACUUGGAGUUGCCCCAGUUUGAUUUUCAUACUAUUGCAACUGCCACUGAUAACUUCUCCAGCAGAAAUAAACUUGGAGAGGGAGGUUUCGGUCCAGUUUACAAGGCCAAACUAACACAAGAAGAAUCAAUAGCAGUAAAGAGACUCUCAAAACACUCUGGGCAAGGUGUUGAAGAGUUUAAGAAUGAAGUUACGAUGAUAGCCAAUCUUCAACACCGGAACCUGAUUAAGCUUUUGGGCUGCUGCAUUGAAGGAGAAGAAAGGAUGCUAAUCUACGAGUACAUGCCCAACAAAAGCUUGGACUUCUUCAUCUUCGAUCAAAAUAGAAAGGUGGUGUUGAGAUGGCAAAAGCGAUUUGACAUUAUCGUGGGGCUUGCAAGAGGAUUACUCUACCUCCACCAAGACUCCAGAGUUAGAAUCAUUCACAGGGACCUUAAGAGUAGCAACAUCCUACUUGACGAUGAGCUGAACCCCAAAAUAUCCGACUUUGGCAUAGCAAGAAUUUUUGGAAACAAUCAAAGUGAAGCUAAAACCAAACGAGUAAUUGGCACAUAUGGUUAUUUGUCUCCUGAGUAUGCAAUUGAUGGCAAGUUUUCAGUGAAAUCUGAUGUCUUCAGUUUUGGAGUGAUUCUGUUAGAGAUAAUAAGUGGCAGAAAGAACAGAGGGUUUCAUCAUCCAGACCACUAUCACAGUCUUCUGGGACACGCUUGGCUACUGUGGAACAAAGAUAAGGGUUUGAAACUACUAGAUCCUUGCUUGGAGAACUCAUACAUUGAGUUCGAAGUGCUAAGAUGCAUUCAAGUGGGUCUUUUGUGCGUUCAAAAGCUGCCGAAAGACAGACCAGAAAUGUCAUCAGUGCUUCCUAUGUUGAGCAAUGAGGGUGUAGCAUUGCCUCAACCAAAGGAGCCUGGUUUCUUCACAGAAAGAAGUUCUGUAGACAUUGAUACCAUCAUAGGUGAAGGAAGAAGUCACACAGGAACCACAUUGACUAUUACGAUGGUAGAAGCUAGAUAAUCCUUGUUCAUAUUUCGGAUUCACGCAUUCUGCCUGCGAACUGACUUUGAAUUGGUGAUAGUUCUUGAUGGAAGAGAAGAGAGUUGCAUUUUGUAAGUCUUCCAACUGUCAAUUACAUCAAGAGGUAUUUAUUGUUGGGAUUCAAUGGAUAACAACUCCAUUUAUCUUAAGUUCUUAACAACUCCCGUUAUCGCAUUAUAUGGGUUGGUAGUAUCUGAGACUUGUAUUUCCAAAGCUGUGUCUUUUAUGUUGUAGGCACUAGCCAUCAAAUUAAUUAGCAUAUGAAUUUCAGUUAUC